AUGUCGCAGCAGCACCCCCCCGGGCAGUUCCACGGGCUGCACCACGUCUCGCCUUGCAGCCACGGCUAUGUCUACAUCCCCAUGGCCUUCGCGCUCAUGCUGUACGUGGUUUAUCUGGUGGAAUGCUGGCACUGCCACACACGCGUGGAGCUGCAGACCAAGCGUCCCGCCCAGGUGUACCAUGAGCGCGUGAACACGCACUGCGCCGAGUCGGAGUUUAACUACUCGCACUGCGGCGUCAAAGACGUGUCCAAGGAGCUGGUGGGACUGGAGGACUACUCAGCCACCAAAAUCAAGUUCACCAAAUGCUUCAGCUUCGCCAACAUCGAGUCGGAGAACGACUACCUCUCCCAGAGGGCGCGCUUCUUCAGCGAGAACGAGGGUCGGGACGACUAUAUGGAGACCCGGGAGGGCAUGCACCUGAUGAACGUGGACUUUAAGGAGUACAUGAUCGCAUUCGCGGAGCCGGACAAGCUGCCCUGGUACCUAUCACACGCCAUGUUCUGGAUCGCCUCCACCUUCCUGCUCUCAUGGCCGCUGCGGGUCCUCAUCGAGUACAAGACAGCCUUCGUGCAUUACCACGUGGAGAAGCUUUUCGGAUGUGACUACAUGACGCCCACGGAGGUGGACAUGUGGAACUCCACGCUGAGGAUCCCGCGGGUCAGCACCGUCAUCAGUAACCGGUCGCUGGAGUGGCGCAUCCAGGCCAACCGCGAGAUCGUGCCCAGCUACUCGGAGGCGCUGCUGAUGGAGACGGCGGCGGGCGGCAUGGCGUACCGCGUCCGCAGCACCGGCCCGUCGCUCGCCUCGCUCAGCUCCUACUGCACCGGGCACUCCCGGUCCGGCACGCUGCACCGCGGCCGCCACGGCGGGCAGUCCUGCGGAUCGCUGGUGAACUACACCGUGAACGGACACGCGGGCUUCCUGAACGGCUUCCCCAGUCUGCACAGGCCGCGCGGCGCCAGGCAUGGGGACUCGGGCCCCGGGAGGGAACCCAUACACGCCAAUAACAACUAUGCACACAGCUCUGCGGCACAGGGCACGCGGAGAGACUCCCUACAUUCGGCCGGACACGGCAACGAUAGAUGCACGGAAGCCGGCAUAGAGCCGACGAGACCCAUGCUGGCUGCCGGCCGCGCGCACGGGCCGCUGACGGCCGACCAGUACUGGAGCCCCGGGGAUGUCGACCACAACACGAACAGUGACGGGAGGGAGGGGGGCCGGUCCACGCGAACAGUGACGGGGGGAGGGGGGCCAGUGCACGCGGCCACCAGGUCUGCCAGCGGGGAGGACCAGGCGGCUGCUCGGCAUGGUGCAGAGAGCAGCAGGGACAGAAGUGACCAGGCGGCUGCUCGGCAGGGUGCAGAGAGCAGCAGGGACAGAAGUGACCAGGCGGCUGCUCGGCAGGGUGCAGAGAGCAGCAGGGACAGAAGUGAUCCUGCGGAGCUGGAGCCUUCAGGACCCAGAGGAGGCUCAGAGUCGGACCAAGCAAAGCAGGUCCGCAGCAGCCCAGCAGUAGCUACAAAUGCACCGCAAGGAGAGAGUAGUUCUUCCAAUGUACAGGCAGAACAGACGCCUGCCAGUAACCCCACGGACAGACAGGCAGAACAGACGCCUGCCAGUAACCCCUCGGACAGACAGGCAGAACAGACGCCUGCCAGUAACCCCACGGACAGAAGGGGCUCGGACGGUGAGUCAGAAACACAGACGGGAAGGAGCAGCUUACCCGCUGACGUCACACCGCGCGACACUGACGUCACAAUCUCGCCAGCUGACGCCUCCACAGAGUUGACUGUUGUGUUGAGCGGUGACGUCACCAUCACCAUUGACGACGCCCCGCCCUCCUAUGACGACGCGCUGCAGAUGAGACGGUUGGACUCGCACCACAGACUCGCGUCUGCAGACGACGUUCCCAUCGAAACUUCGCUCUAG